UCAGUGGUAAGAGUUGCUGAGGUGACAGGAAGUUGAGAGUCAGCUAUUUGCCUUGUGUGUGGGAGAAGGAGAUGAGGGUGCCUCAUUAGUUCCUUAGAGACGUGCAAAAAGUGGCAGCCAGGGGAUUCUGGGAGACGUAUGCCAGGUCAGAGCAGUACUCACACACAACACGUGCAUCCAAAUGCCAUACACCUCAGGAGCCCCUGAGGGGAACAUGGAUAGUCAAAGAAUUCUUGUCACCAUUUCCCUGGUGAUGGCACUUUCUGCCUCCUGUAACCUGGCCCAAAACACAGGAACUAAUUCCACUACUACUUCCCCUGGCACUCAUACUACCACAAAACCUCUCUUUACUGACCACAGGAAUGAAAAAUAUACCAUUGGCAAGAGUGUUAAUCUCACAUGUACAAAUAAGACAUGGACCGAGAUGUUCUACACCACCUGGAGGAUCCCUAGAAAUGGAAACCACUGCACAAUAGCAGCUAGCACAGACAAACCUCCUCAUGACACGUGUUUGGAUGGAAAAGUCAUGCGCAACACAUCUAAUGGGGAAUCCUACUUGCACAUUCCUAUUUUUAAAGUCACAGAUAUAGGAAUUUAUAGGUGUGAAACUGCAUUUCAAGGUGCAAGUCUCAUAGCAGAAAUCACUGUAUCUGCCAUAGUUUCCCCACAGAUAUUCACCAGACUGGUUAUCAUCAGGGAUGGUAAGAGAGAGGCUGUCUGUUCAGCUAUUGGUGGUAAACCAGCUGCCUCCAUCUCCUGGAGAAAUGCGUGGAACUCCAGUGUGACUCAGACUUCCAAAAAUAAUACAGACGACUCCUUCACUGUGGAGAGCAGACUGAUCGUCCCUGACCAUGUUCCUGCUGACAACCUGAGCUGCAUCAUCACCCACCCCAGAUGGACAGAGGGUCACACUGAACUGAUUUUAGCGUUAAACCAUGAAGAAGACUUCAAAUGGUUUUGGAUAAUAAUUCCAUUGGGGUCCAUCAGUUUCAUAGCAGCCAUUCUGACUGGAUUUUACAUCACAAGAAAGCAUCUCGCUAAACUGAGAAAUUGCUGGAAAUCCAAUAUUCCUGCUCCUCCUCCACCCAAAACACCACAGGCACAGGAUGUGGAGGAGGUUGAGCCCUACGCCAGUUACGUACAGCGCAUCAACUCCAUUUACAACUCCUCAGCCGAACUCUGCAACGCCUAGAGCUGACUUUCGGGAACCCACGCCACGAGCGCGGUCCGCACCGACAGACACCUACCGCAAAAAGACAGAAAGGGAAACAGAGGAGGGGGGAGUGGGUGGAGAACUUGGAGGUUACAGAAACCCAGGAGACAGUAACUGCGGCAAGAAGCAGCCAGUUUUGCAAAAGAAGCUUGGAUCUACUGCCUGGAAGUCUCAGAUGACACUUUUAACAGCUUAGAAUGACACCUGCAAAAUAUUUGAACCAUGAGAGAGGAUUCACACUUUUUGCUCCUGUUGCUUUAUUCCCACCCACCCAGAGAGCUGUUGUUGAGUGUUUCACUUCUACUUGACUGAAAAUACAGGAGCAGUACUGACAGCACAACAAUUUGUCCAAAAAAGGAAGAGCAGACUCAUUAGCCCUGGAACAAGACCAGGUCAAAACCUAAUAUGGUUACAAUGGUGUAACUUCAUAACUCAGCCGACCAAUGGUGGAACUUCAUCACUCAGUCACUCGGUCAGUCACAGACAUUCACGUUUGUAGGGCUGGCCCCGCUGUUGCAGUCCAGCCAAAAAUUUUAUUUGAAGGACCGUCAACAGUUUGUUUAAUUCAUCAUUAAUGUUCAAGAUAUUGUAUUUUUAAAAGGAAAAUUUUUGCCUUUGCAUUUGCUUUAAUUUUCUUGUAAUGGGGAAUAGUGCAAUCUUAAAUGUUUUCAAAUGCAAGAUAUGAAGAAAUCCCACUGGCUGAAUUGUACUCAUCUCAUACGGUUUGAACACUGUAGAAGUAUGAUUCUAAAUGUGCACCAUACAGGUGCGUUAUUGCAUAAUAAUAAUGAUAAUAAUAAUAAUAAUAAUAAUAAUAAUAAUAAUAAUAAUAAUAAUGUUGCUGUUGAAUGUUAAAAAUCUUAUUUAAAGAACACAUUUCUGUCACGUGAAAUUGUUACAUCCUAUAUAUUUCAAAAUUUGGAAAUUAAAAUAAUUUUUGAUACUGGUAAUCUAACUGGUGAUGUCAUAUCUAGUUAAAUGAGACUAUUUUGCUGAUGGAUCUGUGAUGUUACAAUCCUUUCACUGACUAAUGACCAGAGAUUCUCUAUAGCAGUGCUCCCAAACCUGUUAUUGGAUAUCCCCUUAAUGGACCCAAGUAUUUGAUGUGUUCCACCUCAAGCACACAUUUAAAGCUCUUUUUCAUAUAAUUAAUUCCUUAUUGUUAUCUGGCUAUGUUCCCAUAGAUUGCCAUAUUCUCCCCUGUAGGCAAGAAAAAAGACUUGGUGUCACUGGGAAAGCCCUAAUGUGCUUUAAAUCUUAUCUUGCUGAUUGAUCUCAAUCUGUUAAUUCCAUAACUUUUGGUGUACCUCAAGGAUCCAUGCUGGGUCCUUUGCUCUUUUCUCAGAACAUGCUCCCCCUUGGGAACAUCAUAAGCAGACAUGAUGUUAACUAUCACAGCUAUGCAAAUGAUAAGCAACUUUACUUAUCUUUUAAACCAAGUGAAGUUGAUCUGCUAGUCAAAUCUUCAAGACACAAAGGCUUGGAUGACCCAAAGUUUCCUCAUGUUGAAUUCUGAUAAAACUGAGAUGCUUAGGUUCCAAAUCUCUUUAAAUUCCCCAAAUAUAUAUAGUUUCUCUGUCUCUGCAGUUAUUGAAAACCUUGGUGUAACAUUUGAUUCAGAUCUCUCCUUUCAGACCCAGAUUAAUAAUGUCAUUAGAGUGGCCUUCUUCCACCAGAAGAACAUAUCUAAAUUAUGGAAGAUGUUAUUCCUCCAGGAUGCUUAAAAAUGGUUCAUGCAUUUGCAGCCUCCUGGCUUGAUUAUAUAUUUCAUAGACUGGUUGCAACAAUUCAGCCCUGAAAUAUCUCUGAAAUAUUGUAGAGAAUGCAGCUGCUAAGGUUCUUACUAGAACUAAGAAAUGGAAAAAUAUCAGUCCAGUGCCAGUCCAAAUUUAGAAUUGACUAUAAGAUCCGACUGUUAACUUAUAAAGCUUUAAAUGGUUUGGCUCCAGAAUACCUUAGUGAAUUAUUUAUUCCUUACUCUCCUCUAAGAUUACUUGGUUCUCAAGAUGCUGGUCAUGUGAAAAUUCCAUGCAUAAUCUAAGACUACAAUGGGAGGUGGAGCCUUCUCUUACAGAGUUCCUGUUUUAUGGAACCCUCUCCCCAUGCAUGUGCAGGCUUCAGACACACUCUGUCUUAAAGUGUAGACUUAAAACUUAUCUCUUUAGCCAAUAGUUAGCCAUUCCUCUAGUCCUAUGUCCUGUUAAAUGGUCAAGUUUAAUCUGGACUACUGAGUGGGCCAGGGCAUACUUUCAGAACUUCCACUCAAACCAGCAGGACCAGAUACAGCACGUGCUUAUCAAAUCUAAGCAGCACUUGUUAGUGGGCUGUUUACAUACAUCUGAGGUGUCAAGCAGGCCGUUAUAGAGCUGACAAAAUCAGUUAUCUAGCGUGAAGUGUCAAACUGGCCUGAACAGAUCUGACACACUUGGUAGUUCAGCCUUUUUGCAUGAAUGUUUGAUCUGAGUUAUCCCUACAGGGUUAGAGCAUACAUUGAAAUUGAGUUGGGGCUGCAGUACAUUUACUUUGUUGACAAUCUUUAUAGUGCCUAAUCUCAUAAUCGCUGUUUCUUUUUUCCUUGUCCCUCCUUUGUCCUGAGUUCACAAAACGCUCCAGCCUUGUUUCCUUGCCUGAGUUCCCGGGAUUGCUCCAGCCCUGUCAAUCACUCCAUGGCCACGGACCGCUGCAGCCCUGUUCCUCGCCAGUUCAUGCCUUGAUUCAGCCUGUAGCUCCAGAUGAAUUAACCAGACCCUCUAAACCGCACUAUACUAUACGAUUUGGACCUCUACUAUUCCAUUUAGUUUAUAGCCUCAGCUGUAACCAGCUGAACCCAUUUUAAUUUCUGUGAUUCUGUCAUUUAUUAUAUUCCAUUCUCCUAAUACUUUACACCAGGCCGGCCAAUGGAGCAUGGCCUUCCCCUCAAUAACCAGGCUCUGCCCGAGAUUUCUUCUCAGGGAGAUUUUUCUCGCCACCGUUUGAAGAUUUUUCUCCCCAGUGGAAGUUUUUUUUUACCUUGUGCUUGCUUUUUGGGGGUCCAGGCCUGGUUUUUGCUGUUUUACUCUGUUUCUUGCUCUUUUCACUGCUACUCUUUUCACUGUGUCUUUCUGGUAGUUCUCUGUAAAAAGCACUAUACAAAUAAAAACUGAAGAACACCUGAUACAACUAAUAAAACUCUUGAUUAGUUGUAUCAGGUGUGCUUGAGGUGGAACACAUCAAAUACCUGGAUCCGGUUAGGAGUACACCAGGAGAGUUUUGGGAACCACUGCCCAAUAGUAGUGCAGCCCCAGGGGCCUUAUAAAAUGGUCUUAUGUUCAAAUUGUAUCUUAAAUAGUGGCUUACACAGAAAACCAUGACUGAGUAAUUAUUUAUAAAAUCCCCCUUUGACGUGGAUAUGAUAGUAUCAGUAUCUCUACGUGAAGUUUCCACUAGACGUAAGUUAAUUACGAACUGUUAAGUCGAGUUACUGCACGUUUGAUGGCUGUGCAUGAAUCCCCUGGCUGUGUGCACACAUAAAUAAUUAAUACAAUUUAAUUGAUAAUUGAUAAUGUUUUAGGUAUGAAGAAUGCAAAAAUCAUGAUCCCAUGUAAGAUAUGAUGAAAUGUCACAAAUAGCCUGCUGUAUGAGAAAACUAUUAUUCAGUCAUGGCUGCACUAGCAUUAUUGGUGUUCAAAUUGAAGAUUGAGACUUAUAUAUCACAGGUGCGUAAGAUGCAGAUACAGCACUUAAAAUCAACGUGAGCAACUGUUUUUUUUUGUUUUGUUAUCAAUUACCUUUAUAAAUCAAGGGUAAGCACAACUCGGGACAUUAUUUUAAGGUUACGUUUAAUCAUAUAUUCAAUAAUAUGUUUAUCCAUGAAGCUCGAGGACCUGUAUUCUUGCAGCAUCAUAGACUUGAUUGCUGGCUUUGGAUUGGGUUAAGAAGUAAAACGUCUUACUGGUAGAAUAGACGUAAUUCCACAGGGCACAGUAAGUGCUUUCUUUGGCUUAACACUCCCCCGUGUGGUGGAGGGUCAUACUGGCAGGAAAUGACUUCAAAAACGGAAACAAAAUUGUUUACAAUGCAUGCCAUAUUUCAAUGCUUUGUAAGGAGUCUUAUGGAACUGGGAUCUAUCUUGAAUGAUCUUGGAACUUGUGGGUUGGAUUCCCAGAUAGGGCAUUGCCGCUGUACCCUUGAGCAUGGUACCUUCCCUGAAUUGCUUCAAUAACAUAUCUAGCUGUAUAAAUGGAUUGUAGCCUAGGUUAAAAAUGUAUUGAUGUAGGUCCCCCUGGAUAAAAGUAUGAACUAAAUACUGCAAUUUAUGUGAUUUGACUUUGGCAGUCCACGGUUGGCUGCAUUGUUCAGACACUGCAAUUGCUUAUGAUGCAAUCAUCUUUUUGAAUUGUUUUUUAAGUUAUUUUUUGCAUAGUUCUAACAUUUCCUUUCAACUUUUUUGUUAUUCCCAUAUAUUUCAGUUUUCUAAGAUGAGUGUUUCUUUGUACUGUGCCUAAGUCGAGACGGUCUUAACUUGAGACAUUCUUAGCGACAAAAACCCUUGCAGACUGUUAACCUACAUUUCAAGCAGGUUUCACAACUGCUGAGCUCAGGAAACUUCUGCUUCUCUUUAAUAGAAACAAAGAAAAAAAAAGAACAAGGCAGUAAAAGAACGCAUUGAGGUCUCAUCACUUCUUAAUUUUCCCCUGUAAAACUCUGAUGAUGCUGUUACACAUCGCUGCUCGCUCAAGCCUCACGCUCACGAUCAGUAAGGUGCACGGGAUCAUGGAACUGAUUUUGUUUGGGUUGACUGUAGCCCUGCAUCUAAAAGACACACACACUCAAGGGAUUCAAAUGAAAACUUUUGGAACGGGAAAUAAUGUAUCUCUCCUGUGCUCAAAUAGAAGAUGGAAUGAAUUAAACAUGGUGAGGUGGGACAUUAAGAGAAGAGAUGGAAGUGACUGUUUUGUGGCUUUGGAAUUUGAAAAUAUUACAAGAAACAGCACCUGUGAUUCCAGAAUAACAAUACAACAAAGGGGAGAUGGAGUGGUUUUACAAAUAUCCCCCUUCAACUCAUCUGAUGAAGGCAAUUACACUUGUGAGACUGUCUCCUUGCAUGAAGAUGAGCCUGCACAUUUUAAUGUGAAAGCUGAGUCUAAUGUGAACGCGUCCGAGGCUAAGCACCACCGGCCUUCGCCAGCUGGGACUGUGAUAUGGAGCGUGUGCGGCUCUGUAGCCCUCCUCACUUUGAUUGUGCUUUCCUCUGUGAUCAUCAGGAGAAAACUACAGAGGAAAGGGAG